AUGGACCAGAAGAACCCAGAGCUCCUCAAUAAGGAGCUUCAUCAGCACCAAGUACAAAAUGAAGAUCUUCCAAUCAGCAGCUCAACUGACCAGAUGAAUGUGUCAAGUGGUGGAGAGAAUUGUGGAGGAGCAGAAACUACCAGAAACCUUUAUCUAAAUACUAAUGAAGAUUAUUCCAGCUCUUCAGAAACUGAAAUCAGUGAGGAUGAUGAUGUAAUUGAUCCUGACUGUCAGAUGAAAGACUCAUCGGACUCUGUAUCAGAACCUGAAGAUGGUGUCAAAGACUGGAAGGAGAGCAGGACUCCUGAAUUUAACAGAAAUUAUAAUCUUAAUAAACACAUGAGAAUUCACACAGGACAGAAACCAUUUGCUUGUGAUGUUUGUGGACACAGGUUUAGACGAAAGUCACAUAUAACCACACACAUGAGAAUCCACACAGGACAGAAACCAUUUGCUUGUGAUGCUUGUGGACAAAGUUUUAGACAAACGUCAACUUUAAACACACACAUGAGAAUCCACACAGGACAGAAACCAUUUCCUUGCGAUAUUUGUGGACAAAGUUUUACACAAAAGUCAACUUUAAACACACACAUGAUAAUCCACACAGGACAGAAAUCAUUUGCUUGUGAUGUUUGUGGACAAAGGUUUGGAAACAAGUCAUAUUUAAACAUACACAUGAGAACCCACACCGGACAGAAACCAUUUGCUUGUGAUGUUUGUGGACAGAGGUUUAGACAAAAGUCAACUUUAAACACACACACAAGAAUCCACACAGGACAAAAACCGUUUCCUUGUGAUGUUUGUGGACAAAUGUUUAGCGAUAAGUACACUUUAAACAGACACAUGAGAAUCCACACAGGACAAAAACCAUUUGCUUGUCAUGCUUGUGGACAAAGUUUUAGACAAACGUCAACUUUAAAGUCACACAUGAGAAUCCACACAGGACAGAAACCGUUUGCUUGCGAUGUUUGUGGACUAACGUUUGGACAAAAGUCAAAUUUAAACAGACACAUGAGAAUCCACACAGGUGGAGAAAACCGUUCAGUUCUUAAUAUUAAGACCAGUUCUAAAAACACUUGA